GGGUGUCGCGCGCGACCGAGCCGGCGGCGUCGCAGUGACCGCCGAGGAGCCAGCCACUGGACGCCGACCCGUCAAGCACGUACUGCGACCCGACCCUCCAGUGAAACCAUGGUUCUCCUGGGAGUUUUCGGAAAACUGCAUGACAUUAUCAAAAUCGAUGGAAAAAACAAGUCCAUCACAGAUAACAUCGUGUUCCGGCUGCACUACAAGUGGACCCGACUCCUUCUCUUCGUCUUCUGCAUUAUCGUCUCCCUCAACUCAUUAGUAGGGAAGCCAAUUGCCUGCACGGGCGCGUCGUCAGAUCGUCUCCAACAUGUGAUGCAGACCUACUGCUGGAUCACAGGCACCUUCACAUAUGAGAAGUACUUCGGAAGCGCGAACCAGAUCGGGGACGACAAGCUUUCUGUGAUCGGAAUCGGGCCUGGCCACCCGGAGAAAGACGAGAAACAUCACAUCACCUACUACCAGUGGGUGCCGGUCGUGCUGUUCCUGCAGGGCGUCAGCUUCUACAUACCGCACUGGAUAUGGAAGAUGUUCGAGGACCAUCGCAUUCGUAAGCUAGUCGACAGCAUGGUGGAAACGAAACUAGAGGAAAAGAAGCGCCGAGAGCGACAGGGAAAGGUGAUACGUUACCUGCUAGACAGCCAGGGCUGCAGCCGUUGGUACGCCUACCAGUACGUAUUUUGCGAGGUACUCAACUUGUUAAACGCUGUCAUGAACAUCGCAUUAGUGGACAAGUUCCUCGGCGGCAACUUCUUCACCCUCGGCACCAAGCUGAUCCAGUAUGAUCCUGAAGAUCCGAAGGCAAUUGACCCGUCCCACUACACCUUCCCCAAGCAGACCAAGUGCACCUUCCACUUGUUCGGCUUAUCCGGCACCACGGAACGGGUGGACUCAAUCUGCAUCCUGCCGGUGAACAUCUUCAACGAGAAGCUGUAUGCAGUGAUGUGGUUCUGGUUCAUCCUGCUGACGGCAGUGACGGCGGCAAACCUGGUCUGGCGGGUCGCCAUGAUGGUCUCGCCCGUGCUGCGCGUAUGGAUCCUGCAAAUGAAAGGCCACUCGCGCGACGUUGGCAACAUGCACGUAGUGUCACAAGUUGUCAACAGCAUGACCUUCUCUGACUUCUUCUUCGUUUGGCUGUUCACCAAGAACCUGAACGGCGUCGUGCUGUUUGACUUUCUUCGAGAGUACUCCAAGACGGUCGGCAACCAGCUGUCUACGGAUUCGUCCAGGAUGUAUCCCACCCUGCCGCACAUGCUCGAGCUAAAGCAGCGGAAAAGCAUCAACCAGGCAGAGUCAGAGAAGGGGGUCCAGACGCCGCUGACGCCCAGCGGUGAAGAUGAUGAUGUCCUGUACGCUUCCAUAAUCAACAAACGUCGCGCUUGAGAGGACAGAGUGAAGCUUCGCUGAAUGUCAUAUAUCCUGCGCUGUUGCCCGCAUACGACGGUGACAUCCCAUAGGCAUAGACACGCCUGUGACAGGCUUAUGCUAAUCACUAUCAUCUCCGAAAAUGUAUCGCGCGACAUCGACAUAGCGUCACAUGUGAGUACAGAAUCCCUGGAACAACAGAAGUGAAGCAUAUUUAUCGAAUCAAACGCUUGAACGAUUGCGUCAUAGUCGCCUUUCAUAACGCCCUCAUCGGAUGAUGAAGCCGCUAGGAGGGGGAUAGCUGAGCUGUACUUCCUACUUGCUCAGGAGGCAUGUGGAUCAAGCUCUUCGACCAGCACAGCUAGCUGCGCCGACACCACCGAAGUGGCUAAGACUCGCAUUGACUUAGACCAGGGUGGCCUCGGCCUGUUCGGCAAAUGGAGCAUGCCAGGAGAGCAGAGAUCGAUCGGUGUCCUACACCCCCACCUCUCGGAUCUAGACGGAACUCGAUCGCGCGAGUAAUCGAUAGCGACGAACACGUCUGUGACGUCAUCACCGCUGCGGCCGACGUCUGUAACUACACGGCGUUCGCCGUGCGGCCGCUAGACCGCGUGGUGGGUCGAGCUGCGAGACCGCGUGGGCGCGGCGCCUCGCCCGGAGCGGAAGGCGGCCCCGGCCCGGGGCGAGGUGCGCUGCCUCGUGACUGGUCACGGGGGAGGGGGGUAAACACGAGGUCAACUCAUACCGGCACAACGGGCGUCAGCUUCAAUAGUACGCAGUGUUUCGAAUUGUUUAGUGUGUCCGGGAAGGCCACCAAUACAACUAUGCUCACCGCAA